AAAGAACCUAUAUAGAAAAAACGCAGUUAAAGAUUGAGGAUGGGAUCCCUAGACUGGAUGUCAAAAGAAUUAAAAAAAUACAUGGAACAGGCAAAAAUAUAUGAAUCAAAAAUAGAUCUACGCAAAUACAUGUGGUACUCUCCAAAGCAAGAACAUUCAGACAUAGAAAUUACAUAUAUAACUUAUAUUCUUCCAAUACUGGUAGCUGUAUCGCUUGGUUUCUUCAUAUGCCUGAUAGCAAUUGUUAAAGAAGAGAAAAAUUUACCUUCUUACAUAUUUUUAUUAUUGCAAGCCUUGUUUGAUCUUUUGGGUAUAACAGCUCAAACUAUUCCAAUUUGGAUUAUGUUUGUAAUCUCUGAUAAUGAGUAUAUACCCUUUCAAUACUGUGAAGUUUACCGCACGUUGACAACUUUCAUUCCACAAUCCUUAUAUAUAAUAUCCCAAUGGAUGAAGGUUUCCAUGACAAUACACCAGUUUGCAAUCUUUUAUUUUUCUGUGAGAGCUAAAAGCUUGAUGUCUAGGACAAGAGUUGUAUUUAUCAUUGUUGUAGUCCCUUGUUUAUUAAUUCCGUUAAUAGUUGUUACAAAAUUUGACAUGAAAUUUGCCAAAGCAUAUUAUAGAAAUACUGAAACAGGCGCCAUAGAAUAUUAUUGUAAGAUUAUACACUAUCACAUAAUUGGGGAAUACAGAUUUUUAAUUACUUUUGUCGUAAAAGAUUUCUUUCCAUUAGUAACAUAUAUAGGAUUUGGUGUUGGACUUUCUUAUCAAAUUCAUAAGAGGAGGAUUCUAAGAAGACAGUUACAAAACAACCAAAGUACAAAUAUGAGUCUUGAAAGCCUGGCAAAGGCUCUUAAUUUUAGUUCGUUUAUUUUUAUUUUUACAUGCUUACCACAUUUUGUGGUAGAUCUUGUUACAGUUUUCAAUUCGUUCGGAACAGAAAUUGUAUCAUUCUACGAAAUUGAGGAUACUUUUGUUGCACUCUCUAUACUGAAAACCGUCUUUCAGCUCAUGAACAUCACGGCCGUUGUACCUGUAUUUCUAUGUUUAAACAGAGCAAUGAGACAAACGCUUAUAAACAAAUUUCGUGCACUGAUGCGAUGCUUUCGGUGA